AUGGUCAAUCCGCGCACCUUCUUCGACUUCUCAGUAGGGCAUGUACCACUCGGAAGAGUAGUUUUCGAGCUGUUCAACGAUGUUGUACCCCGCACAGCCGAGAAUUUCCGUGCACUAUGUACCGGCGAAAAGGGCGUAUCCCCAUCUUCGUCUAUACCGCUGCACUACAAAGGCUCACCCGUUCAUCGAAUCAUUGAUGGGUUCAUGAUCCAAGGUGGAGACUUUACGAAGCGGAAUGGAACAGGCGGGGAGAGUAUCUACGGAGGGCAAUUCGAGGAUGAAAUGCUGGAAGGAGACGGGAGUGAGGUGGAUAGGGAGGGGCUGUUGGUCAUGGCGAAUAGAGGACCAGAUACCAAUGGCUCGCAGUACUUUGUGACCCUGGCUCCGGCGCAACAUCUCACCGGGAAGCAUGUCGUGUUCGGUCGAGUUGUCAAUGGCCUCAAUCACAUUCUGACACUCGGCAAGCUCCCCACCGACUCUCGUGACCGCCCUAUCUCCCCUGUCCUCAUCACACACUGCGGCGAGCUGGAACUCCGACGCCCGGCAGCCCCACCCGUUGCGCCUAUUCCAGCUGCGCGCGAGUCCCGGCCUCGCUCGCCCGAUUCCCAGUCGAGCCGGAGUCGCAGCCCAUCUCCCAGGCGACGGAGGCGGUACUCGGCCUCCUCAGGGUCCGCUGCUUCGGAAGAGGACGAGAAGACUCGAAGGCGGAGAGAAAAGAAGGAGAAGAAGGAGCGGAAGCGGGAGAGGAAAGAGGCGAAACGGGCCAAGCGGAAGGGCGGUCACGACGGGGAGGUUGUUAGGCGAGAGGGGGAGGAAGAGACGGAGGCUGAGCUAGAUGCAAGGUUGGAGCGGGAGGAGAAAGAACGGCUGGAGAAGCAAAGGCUGGAAAGAGAACAGAGGCAGGAAGAGGAGGCGAGGCGUAUAAAGGAGAACGGGGGUAUAGUCCGCAAGGGUAAGUCGAUCCGCUACUCACGCGGACCGUCAAGCUGA